CACCAAUAUAAACACAUCUCUUCUCCGCCGCUAUCUAUUAGUUCAAGACCGUAUCUUAGGGUUUCUACCGAAUUAACUCAGUUCCAAUGGGAAAGGGAACCGGGAGUUUCGGUAAAAGAAGGAACAAGACCCACACUCUCUGCGUCAGAUGUGGCCGCCGCAGCUUCCACCUCCAGAAGAGCCGUUGUGCUGCCUGUGCUUUCCCCGCUGCCCGUAAGAGGACUUACAACUGGAGUGUGAAGGCAAUCCGAAGAAAGACAACCGGAACCGGUAGGAUGAGGUAUCUCCGCCACGUUCCUCGCAGGUUCAAGACGGGCUUCAGAGAAGGUACUGAAGCAGCACCAAGGAAGAAGGUUGCAGUAGCUUCUGCUUAAAAGGUUAUUUAUUUUGUAUUGGUAUUGAGGUUUUGUUGCUUCUUUGAGAGGAAAAGUCCUGUGGGAAACAUGUAGCCUUGAGGAGUGACAUUGGAUGCUUUAGUAUGUUUA